UGGAAACAUCUCUGCCCGGCACUCCAGCAAACAUCCAGCAGGCAUUUUAAAUCGUCACAGGGCCGCCAUGAGUCCAGCAUGAUGUCGGCUAAAGUUGCAAUUCAGAAGUUCUCGGUCCCCUUCUCCUGUGCUGCACGCCUUUCUCAGCAAGACGAGUCGACCCAGAAGGGAUGUAUCCAGGUGAAGGCCCUGACACUGCAAGACCUUCAAGAGAAUCCAAUCUUGAGCAAAUCAAGCCCUGUUGCAGUUAUAGGAGCUCUGGUACACAAUGAGAACCAGGCCCAGGAAAAUCCAAAGCCUUCUCCUCCUCCUGGGGGAGACACGACGGCUGUUCAGGUCCUGGUCUGUGCUGAAGCUUCCCAGAGCGCUGCGCUCGCCAGACCGUUUGAGAAACUGAUGGCUGAAAGCGAAGAUCAGCGUCCUGCAGCGAAGAGGCAGCUGUCAUCAGAGAGCGCAGCCAGGACAAUCACCGUGGUGAAGAAGAGCGCUGUGAGGAAGGAGGCCGAGGAACAGAGGCACCUGAAACCGAAAACACACCUGGGACAGAGUGUGUCACCGUGUGCUGCGACGGCAGGGAAGAGGAGGCGUCGAAAAGACCUUUUUGCUAACUCUGAGGUCUUCCGCAGGGUCGACUCACAUGUCAUCAGGGCAGGAACAGAGCUGAAGGAAAAGUGCAUGUAUGAUGUAAAGGUGAUAGUACAGAGGAUUACACAAGGAGCCAGGAGUGAGCUGGAGAAGCUUCGUGCCAUCUGGGUCUGGCUGUGCCACAACAUCGAGUAUGAUGUGAGCGGGUACCUGGGCCACUCAGAGAAGCUGAGCUCCCCCGAGGAGGUGAUAGCAGCCGGCCGGGGUGUGUGCUGUGGCUACUCCAGCCUCUGUACAGAGAUGUGCAGAGAGGUGGGCAUUGAGUGCCAAGAAGUUCCAGGCCACAGUAAGGGCAUCGGGUACCGCCACGGCCAGAGCCUCAAGAAUGUGAAAUCUGAUCACCUGUGGAACGCUGUGCUUCUGGGAGGACAGUGGUUCCUAUUGGACGCCUGCUGGGGAGCAGGACGAGUGGAUAUGGAAAAUGAAAGUUUUGUCAAAAGGUUCGAUGAUUUCUAUUUCCUAACGGACCCAGAGGAGUUCAUAGAGUCACACUUCCCUGAUGAGGAAAAAUGGCAGCUCCUGGACUUGCCCAUCACACUGGAGGAGUUUGAGAGGAGGGUCUUCAAGACCUCAGCCUUCUUCACCAUGGGGCUCAGGCUGCUCCAGCCUCAUCACUCUCACAUUGUCACAGAUGAUGGCGAGGCAAAUGUGUCCCUCGGCUUCUCCAGGCCAGUAACUUUUACCUAUGAGAUCACUCAGCACCAGGAUCUUCUCCACUGUGGAGCUUCAGAGCAGAAAGAGUCCAGCAACUCUUCCUAUGGCCUCCUAACAGUUUCCCAUCGGAGCAUGAAGCUGCAGCUCCUGCCACCUGCAAGUGGUAUGUAUGACGUGAAGGUUUUUGCCAGACCUGAAUCGGCCACCACCCCUCUGGUUUGGGUCUGCUCCUUCACGGUUGAGUGUCCGACCCCCAGGGCCAUGGAGGAGAUUCCAGAGAACCCCUUCUUGUCUUGGGGCCUGCAGCCUGUUGCUGGAUCCCUGGGCGUCACAGGCAGCAGCCAGGGCAGCGAGGUUGCUGAGGUGGAAGAAGGUGUUUUUGAACUGGUGUUAAAGACGUCAAGGCCUUUGAUGAUUCUGUGUGAACUGGUCCACCCAGAGCUGGAAGCUUCUGUAGCCAAGCGGUGCCUGGCUACUCAGAUUCAACUGAACGCCCUGACUUGCCACGUCUUGUGUCCCCUGCGUGGUUUCUAUCGGCUAUCUUUGUUUGUGCGGGAUUAUGAGAAAACAGAAGUCAAGUUCCAGAAUGCUGCAAACUUCCUGUUGCAUUGCAAAGGGAAGGUGAUCAAACUGGAUGAACUCUUCCCUCCAAACAUGGGCUCGGCGUGCGGGCCGGGGACCCGCACAUCAGAGGCGGGGCUGUCCAAAUUCAGCCACACAACAGCACUGGUGAGCACCCAGCAAGGCAAGUGUAACGUCACCUUUCACAACCAGCGGGACCUCGAGCUUCACACUGUGCUCAGCAGAGAGGAGACCAAAACAGCAGCCAUCCCUCUUUCACGCUACGUCUUCUGCACAUACACAGACAGCAAGGUGACAGUGAGCGUAAGCCUACCCGACGCUGGGGUGUAUCGGCUGGGUCUGUAUGCCAGGCUCACCCCUAGUGGAGAUUUCAGCCCCAUGUGUGACUUUGUUCUGAGGAACAGCUGUGAUCAGACGGUGCUUCCGUUCCCCUGUGUCUACUCUGCCUGGAGGAAAGGUUGUGUGCUCUUUGAGCCUCGCGUGGGCCUGCUGGAGCCCCUCUCGUGGGUCCGCUUCAGGGUGAGGGUCCCUGGGGCCCAGAGGGUGAGCGUGGUGGGAGAGACACGAACUGAUCUGAAACUGAACAAGAGCAGAGUCUGGGAGGGCGACGUUUCAAGCGGAAAUGGUCUCCAACAACUGAAACUGGCUGCAGCCUUGGGGGAGUCCGGUGACAUGGCUGUUUUGUUGACCUUUGACAUCAAGCAGUUGGAGAGAGAAGUGUGAAAUCAAAAGGCUGCCAGAGUCCACAUGGACAGUUUCCUGAAUAUAGCUGUUAACUGCCAAAUGUUUAUUGAUAUGGACUGUGGUUGAAAAUAUUUGCAAACAAUUCAAACUGUGAGUCAUAAUCUUUCAGGUUUAACUGCCUUAACAUAACACAGAUGGAGCCAGGUUACUGCUAGUCAUAAUAAGCAGUAUAAAAUUAAAUUUGAAUGUGAACGAAAUGAAUAUGAUCCCGUUAGUGUGUAAACUAAACCUCGCAAGAUUUGAAAGCUGUUCUUUGAUCGAGGUAGUAUUCAGUAAAACAAUGACAAUGGUGCUCUGCUCUGGUGCUCAGGCGUGAUGUCACACAGAUCGAUCGUGCGCUCGUGCAUUACUGUUAGAGGAAGUAAAUCUGCAUUGUGAAUUGAUGGUUGUCAGAAGGCGUGAAAUAAAAAUAUACUGUGAAAACAUCUUAAU